AUGGAGGUCUGCCGAUUGUGUGCUACGGUGCUCACCGAAAGUACGUCGAUUUUCUCCAGGAGACACGGAGACAGUCUCGCCGACAUGGUUCGAUUCGUGUCAGCCGUUCAGAUCAAUGAAACUGAUGGACUGACCAGUCUGGUAUGUGCGGAUUGUGUCGAGUUAACAGUGGACGCAUUUCACUUCGUGAAACGAGUACGCGAGGUAGAUGAAAAUCUACGCCAAUCACUGUUGGAAGCGGAAGCGCAAAGUCUGGAGGAAUCUCGGGAUCCUGAUAAAGGUGAGCAAGUCAUAACACCUUCUCAAGACGCGAAAGAAUCUGAUCUGCAGGUGGAACUGCAUCCAGUUCAAAAUGACAUUCAAUUUGAUAUGGAUGAAAUAUCUGUUGAAUAUUUGGAAGAGGAACCGGAAGAUGUAUCGAAGAAGCUUAUAAGCCUCCUGAUAGAAUCGGUCAAUGAAUUCGGAUCGGAUAAGUGGAUUAAAAUAGAGCAAGACCUGAACUAUGAAGGUAUACUGCAUGAACAAGAUCUGAACCAAGCAGAAAGUGAUGAAGAGGAUGAUGAUGAGAAAAGCAAUUCGGAUGAGGAGAGAUUAGAGCAUAUAGAACCGAGGCAUAUCGAUUUCGAGCCUAGCGGAAAGGAUCAGGCAAUAUGCUGUGGAUGUGAGGCAAACUUUGGAACGGUAGAGGAACUGUACCAGCACGGAGUUGACCAGCAUUUAAAUCAACCAUCGUAUCCGGAUAUCGACCAGGGAAUCCAAUGCAACAUAUGCUACAAAUACUUCAAAACGAAGACCAGCCUCCGGAACCAUCAAGUCCUAGUGUACAAGCCGAAAAUCUACUCCUGUCACAGCUGCGGAAAAGCAUUCGAAUGUCCCUCCAAGCUGGCCAACCAUGAGUUGAUCCACACAACCGAGCGUAACUUUGCGUGUUCGGUUUGUGGGGGCACCUUCAAAACGGCCACCGAUUUGCGAGGCCAUCAACGCAUUCACCAGGAGAAGAGUGCAGUUUGCAGCGUUUGUGGGGCUAAAUUUCACAAAAAGUCCCACCUGAGAUCGCAUCUGAAAACUCACGAUGAUAACGCGUACGAAUUCGCCUGCAGUUUGUGUCCGAAGAAAUUCAAAGAAAAGUCCAACUGGAAGAACCAUUUGAAAGUUCAUACCCAGGAGAAGCCCUACAAGUGCGAAUACUGCCCAAAGGAGUUCCGCUACACGACUGAUAGGAAGCGGCAUGAAAUGACCCACACGGGGAAUUAUCCACAUCGCUGCACUGGUUGCGGCAAAGCUUUUGCUCGUGGCAAUUUGCUGCAGGUGCACAUUCGUGUUUGCGGGAUGAUGCAUGAAAAAUAG